AUGAGCGUUUCAACUUGGUAUUACAAAAAGUAUUUUAGAAAACAUAAAUUGGUUUCUUCCGUCUUGACGGAUGUUAAUCGAGCUUGGCAAAAAGCUUUUAACAAAAUAUUGAAAGAAAACGAUGUAUCAAAAGGAAUCAAACUCAUUACUUAUUGUUUUAGAUUUUUGGGAUGGGCUCAAGAUUUAUUGAAAUAUGGAGCUGUCUGUGAAUCUAUCCAUCACGGAAAUUCCAUUUACAUGCAUUUAUUAAAAUUAUGUGAAGCAUGCACAAACAACCAGGAACUUUAUAGUAUCAUCAUGAAAGAAUAUAACGGCGUUUUCGAUGAAGAGAUGGAAAAUUUUACAACAAAUUCUGAAUAUUCAGUACUUUAUCCUAAAGCACCCAAAGUAACAAAGUUGGAAAACACACAACAAGAGAAGGUUCAUAACUUUGGAUGUUAUCUUUCUGAAAUUAAGAAAUUCUAUGAAUAUUUUGGAGAUCUUGAUCGCUUUCAUUCCAUCUUCUCCAUCACUAACAAAUCACUAGGACAAAACUUGUAUAUCUUACAGUCAAGCGAUGAAAGCCCUUCAGAUACCUAUCCAAUGGUUCAUUGUUGCAUGAGUGGAUUAGUUGUGCUGAUACAUGAAAACAAGAGUUUAACAUUUACUGGAAUUCCCAUUAUUCCCAGUGUUUCAUUUGCAUGGACUCCAUCAUCAAAAAAACCUAAAGAGCGUUCGACAAACUUUAACACAGAGACGACAUUAUUUGUAAAGUAUGAAAAACAAUUCCACAGAAAAUUGAUUUGUUGGAAUUCUUAUUGGAAGGAGUGGAGCGUUAUUUCAUGUAGAGAUCUUUGUUUGCUCGAUACUAAUUCUUGCAAGGAUUUAUUGUGUGAAUAUGAAGAGAGCAGUGAGGUAUUCGAACAAAUUCACUGCUUUACCCUAAUAGUUGAUGAAGAUGAGCAAACUCAUACCUCCAUCAUUGUUGGCUUUACGUGUCUUUUUAAUGACGACACAUUCCAGCAAGGGUUUGUUACAGACUCUACAGACCUCCAACCCUAUCUUCGUUUCACAAGAAACAAUGCACUGCCAUUUGUUUCAAGUUUCAUCUCUCCUAUUUAUUCUUCACGAGCCAUUCCAUCAAUUUCAUCUACCAGUUUACUACAACAAGUCAUGCUGAGCUUGCAAGCUGCAUUGCAAUCAAUAUUUGAAGACAGUCCUUCAGAGAUUGAGAUGAUUGAAGUCAUGCAAAAGGACAUGGCGACUUAUGAAAAAACGACCAUUUUUCAUAUCAAAGCACCAUUUAAUCACUUCAGAAUCACUCUUUCAAAGUUUAUUCACAAUUAUUCAGACUGUGUCUUUAAGAAUUUCGCUCAAUUUCCAAAAUCUAUCACGCAUGACUUGUGUUUCAGUUACAUGAAAUGGAUAGAUGAAGAUUUUGAAAAGAAUUUUUCCUUAUUGCUUCAGCAAUCGAGUCAGGAACGAGUUUCCUCCUGUGGAAAUACCAUUCAAAUACUUGGUGACUAUUUGAGACAGCAAUUAGAGUUGCUCGUUCAACUAGAGAAUCAAUUAUUGAACUUGUAUGAUGCAGGGAGAGAAAUGGACUUUACCAAUAUUAGCCUCAAAAUCUCCACGUUCAAAGUAGAGCUGCAUUCUCUCAUCAAGAGUAUUCUCAUUCACAUGAAGAAGCAACUCUCUCAUUAUUCUCCAGAAGUUGUGAAAAGAGAACAAAUCUUGAAGACAUUGAGAAAUUGUCUAAGGGCCACUGAAAACUCAAAAAUUCGAUCUCUCCUUCUCCAACUCGGUACUCAUAUGAAACGAUAA